AAGGGCCACAGCCAAUAGCUUCAGAGCACACGGAUCGAUGAUGUAGCAAAACAUUUUCAAAAUCCCGCGUAAACCCAAACUUCAAGUUUUUUAUUUAUUUCGCGAUUUAAUUUUUAUUUGCGUUUUCUGUACACUGCCCCUCUUCCCUUUCCUUCUUAUCCCUCUCGCGCCCAAAGCACACAUCACAACGCAACACGCUCUCUCGCUUAAACCACGCUCUCUCGUUCUUUCUCUUUGCGCUUUUCAGAAAACCCUACUUGCUUCGGCGACUCGGAAUCUCUGACUCGGACCGAGUCCUCACGGUUUCGCAACUCGUCUUCGUCGAUUCUCUGCGGAAUCACCAUGCCUAAGGCCAAAGCUGAUGCAGUAGUUGCCGACAGCCGGUUGAAGCGCAAGGGUGCUGGAACCGGGAGGAAGCAGUCGAAGAAAGCUGCUAAGGAUCCGAACAAGCCUAAGAGGCCUCCAAGUGCUUUCUUUGUUUUCAUGGCUGAGUUCAGAGAGCAGUACAAGAAGGAGCAUCCGAACAACAAAUCCGUCUCCGUUGUCGGUAAAGCUAGCGGUGACAAAUGGAAAUCGAUGUCCGAUGCUGAGAAAGCUCCCUAUGUUGCCAAGGCAGAGAAGAAGAAAGAAGAGUACGAUAGGAGUAUUCUAGCCUACAAUAGGAAAUUGGGCAAUAAUCCUUCCGAAGAAGAUGAGUCUGACAAAUCAAAAUCCGAAGUCCAUGAUGAGGAUGAGGAUGAGGAGGAAGAGGAUGACGAGUGAAGGAGCUUUAGGUGAAAGUGGGAGACAAUUGUUUUGCAUAGGUUGGCUUAGAAUUUGAUAGAUGUUUCCCAAUUCACAGCUCAUUCUGAUUAUUAACUACUGAAUUCUUAUCCUGUACUCUCUAGUCUUAGGUUGGUGCACAAUCCUAUCAUGAUCAUGUACUUGAAAGUCAAUGUUAUGUAUGAUACGUUUUAAUGCUGUUCUGGAUGAAAUGCAUCAGCCCUUCGUUUCUUGUUGUAAUAACGGAGCCUUUUUGUUGAUGAUGGCAUCU